CCGGAGCUCUUUUUCCUCGACCACAAUGCAGUGUUGUUGAUACAGCCGCAUUCUUUCGGUCCCCCCUUCCUGUUAAUUUAGAGAUUUCGGGGGAUAGAGGAGUUUGUUCCCUCCCUACAUCUCCAGGAAAACCUGUGGUAGCUCUCGCCACCUACUGCCUCCACUCUCACAGAUGCCGACUGCAGCCGGGGAUCAUUCCAGCUCAAUUUCUACAUCUUGUGUGGACUUAAUUCAGGGCGUGCGGUGGAUAUCCAGCUACACGGGAUUUGGUGUUGUGAAAAUGCAUUUCCUGCCAUGUAAAUAGCUCAGCCAUUAACUGAGAAGGAGGAGUUUUGCUGUGCUGGACACACACAGACUGAGAUCCCGCUGAUUCCUGCAUUAACCUCCUGAUCAGACAUGGGGAAAAUGUACCAUGUCAGUAAAAAUGUGGGCAUCGGCAUGCUUGUACUUGCAGUCUGUGCGCUGGCUACAAUUAUAGCUCUUUCCAUUGCCUACGACAAGGAAAGAUCCAAGAAUCAAGGUAACCCAGGAGAUGGAGCAUCAGACAGCACCAGUGCACCUACACCCGGCACCACCCCUGUCACCCCAAAGGAACCCUGGGACCGCUACAGACUUCCAGACUCCUUAAUCCCCAACUUUUACAAUGUGACCCUGUGGCCCCGGCUGGCGCCCAAUGCAGAGAGCUUGUACAUCUUCACUGGACAUUCAUCAGUGAUUUUUAAAUGUGUGAAGGAAACAGACCUCAUCAUUAUCCACUCCAAAAAACUCAACUUUACUACCUUCUUUGGGCACCAUGCUAAACUGAGCAGCCUGGGUGAAGCCCCUGCUCCCGCUAUACAGAAGUCUUGGCUUGUGGAGAAGACAGAGUUGCUGGUAAUUAAGCUAAGCAGCAGAUUAUCCGUGGGAACAUCCUACAUACUUCAAACAGAAUUUCUGGGGGAGCUGGCAGACAACUUGGAGGGCUUCUACAGGAGUGAAUACACUGAGGAUGGCGUGAAGAAAGUUGUUGCUACCUCACAAAUGCAGCCAACGUACGCCAGGAAAGCCUUUCCUUGCUUUGACGAACCAGCCAUGAAAGCGGUCUUCAGUGUAACGAUCAUCCACACGCGGGACACCGUGGCUCUGUCCAACGGCAAGGAAAAGGAAACCGCAGAGUCUGUCAUUGAUGGUGUGCCUGUCAAAGUUACAACAUUUGAGCCCACAGAGAAAAUGUCCACGUAUCUACUGGCAUUUAUCGUCAGCGACUUUGCUGACAUACGGUCAAACCACAAUGAUUUGUUGAUUCGAAUCUGGGCUCGGAGAAAAGCAAUAAAUGAUGGGCAGGGCAGCUAUGCUCUCAAUGUUACGGGACCCAUCCUCAAGUUUUAUGAGCAUUACUACAACACAUCAUACCCUCUCUCCAAAUCAGAUCAGAUCGCUUUGCCUGACUUCAACGCUGGAGCAAUGGAAAACUGGGGUCUGGUCACAUACCGGGAAACGGCCCUGCUCUACGACCCCAUCGUUUCCUCCACCGGAAACAAAGAAAGAGUCACAACUGUGAUCUCCCAUGAACUCGCACACAUGUGGUUUGGCAAUCUGGUGACUCUGCGAUGGUGGAAUGACUUGUGGUUAAACGAGGGUUUUGCUUCAUAUGUGGAGUACCUUGGAGCCGACUACGCUGAGCCCACCUGGAACAUUAAAGACCACAUCAUUCUGUAUGAUGUUCAGAAGGUAUUUGCUGUGGAUGCCUUGGCCUCCUCUCACCCACUGUCCCGCAGAGAAGAGGAAGUCAAUGACCCAGCUCAGAUCAGUGAAAUGUUUAACACAAUCUCCUACAGCAAGGGUGCAGCGGUGCUAAGGAUGCUCUCAGAGUUUCUCACAGAGCCUGUGUUUUCCAGAGGACUCAGUUCUUACCUGAACACGUACGCUUUCGGUAACACUGUGUAUACAGACCUGUGGGACCAUCUCCAGCAGGCAGUUGAAAGCACACCAGAAAUGCAUAUUCCACACUCUGUCAAAGACAUCAUGAACCGCUGGACUCUCCAGAUGGGCUUCCCAGUGAUCACUGUCGACACCCGGACAGGAAGUGUCACACAGAAACACUUCCUGUUGGAUCCAGACUCUGUAGUGGACACGCCCUCUCAGUUCAAUUACUCCUGGUAUGUCCCUAUUAAAUGGAUGAAGGCAGGUGUGGUGCAACCAACAUACUGGCUCCUUCAAAAAACAGACGUUCACAUCCAAAUGCGAGUGUCAGGAGAGGAGUGGGUACUGGCAAACACAAACGUAUCUGGAUACUUCAGGGUGAACUAUGAUCUUGACAACUGGGAUCGUCUCCUUUCCCUGCUCAACACCAACCAUCAGGCUUUGUCAAUCAUCAACAGAGCACAGAUUAUUGAUGAUGCAUUCAACCUAGCAAGAGCCAAAAUAAUCAGUACAACAUUGGCUCUGAGAACUACCAAAUACCUGUCCAAAGAGAGAGACUACAUCCCCUGGGAGUCCGCUCUGAGAAACCUGAACUACUACACUCUCAUGUUUGACCGCACUGAAGUCUACGGAGCUUUACAGGCAUACCUCAAGAAACAAGUACAACCACUGUUUGAGCACUUCAGGACAAUUACAUCUAACUGGACCACAGUACCUACAGGACACACUGACCAGUAUAAUCAGAUAAAUGCCAUUUGGAUGUCUUGCACUGCAGGAGUGGGAGGCUGCAGGGAGCUUAUAAAAAGCUGGUACAGACAGUGGAUGAAAAAUCCAGGUCGCAACCCGAUCCAUCCCAACCUGAAAAGCACAGUUUACUGCCACGCCAUAGCCUUUGGUGGCGUGGAGGAGUGGGACUUUGCCUGGAGCAUGUUCAAGAAUGCCAGUCUGGCAUCUGAAGCUUCCAAGCUCAGGUCGGCGCUGGCCUGCAGCAAAAUACCUUGGAUUUUGAACAGGUAUCUGGAGUAUGCACUGGACCCAACUAAGAUCCGCAAGCAAGAUGCCACCUCUACCAUCCAGUACGUUGCCCGAAAUGUUGUGGGAAUGCCGCUGGCCUGGAACUUUGUCAAAGCGAGAUGGAAUUACAUCUUCCAACAACAUGGAAAAGGAUCAUUUUCCUUCUCUAAUCUUGUCAGUGGAAUCACACAGAGAUUCUCUACAGAGUUUGAGUUACAGGAGCUUAAGAGAUUCAAAGAAGACAACCUCAAUACUGGUUUUGGCUCUGCCACCAUGGCCCUGGAGCAGGCCAUAGAGAAAACCACAGCUAACAUCAAAUGGGUGACAGAAAACAAAGCUGAAGUGCAGCAGUGGUUUACUCAGGAGUCCACGUGAGAACACCAGAAGCCGAGACAGUGAUAUGUAAUUAAUGAAAAUCACUGUAAUCAUCAGAAACAGCAAAAGCCCUUUCUCUAAACGCCCAGUGGCUGUUUAACUGUUGCCACACAAUAACCCAGCAGAAGGGAAGAGGCCAAGACGGUGUGUUUGUUUUCUACUUAAUUUGCAUUAUAAAUUGAUGCUUACCAUGAUUUAUACAAUAACCUAAGGCAGCAAUUCGCUUGUAGAGCACUAGCAUCAGAGAUCAGUGACAGCAACUCUACAUGUGGCUAAAACCUGCAAACCCAAUUGUGAGUGGUUGUUGACUACAGCUGUUUUCAUGAACUUUUGUUGACACAUGGAGGUGCAUGGGAGAAAAUGUAAAUGUCUGAUGUGGUGGGAUGAGGCUUUAAACAGUCUCUAACCUGCCAGCUCCCUGGUUCAAAGUCCGGUUGAAGCCAUGGUUGAAUUAUGGUCAUAAUAGUCCACCGAGUUACAGCGAGUGAAGGACAUCAUGUGUGCUGUCUCCUGCAUGCUCUGCUCAGGAAGCACCCUCACCCAAACCAAACCACACUGAAGUGUUUCCAGAAGUAAAAGCAUGUCUGAAGUUGCCUGUGUCCCAUCGUCUAUGAGAAAGGACAACUCCAGACAAAGGGCCUCUUGCAAAUAAAAUUAUUUUAUUUUGGUGUUUUUGCUUUUGGCUGCUUCCUUUGGGUGUCGCCACAGUGGCUGUCACACCAACCCUGUCCUCCUUCACCUCCUUCAUCUUUACUCCUGCCCGGCUGCUCCAUAUUCAGCAUCAUUUCUCCAAUAUAUCCUCUGUCCCUCCCCUGCACAUGUCCAAACCAUUUCAGCCUUGCCUCUCUAACUUUACAACACAAACUAAAAAUAAAUGGUCAUAGAACAGACCUUUUAGUUGAGGGCUUUGAGGCACGUCUCAUUGGGAGGACACCCUGGGAGAAACUGUAUCGCUUGGCUCACUUGGGAAUGCCUUGGUGCACCCCCAUGAAGAACUGGAGGAGGUGGCUGGGGGAGAGGGAAGUCUGUCAUCUGCUUAGACUGCUGCUCCUGUGAUCUGGACCUAAAUAAGGGGCAGAAAAUGGAUGAACGGAUGAAAUAAUUAUAAUAAUGUGUAGCUUUAUGGUUCAACCAAUGAAUUCAUCUGCUUUUUUUGCUUUGCUUACAGCAGCUUCACCACUCCUCCAUGAUGCCCCUUUAGAUAAACAUGUUUCCCUUACAAAGAAAAAGGGCAGCAUGCAGAUAACAAGCCCAUCAGUUAAAAAUCAUUCUAAUCCCCCCCACCCCCCACCCCCAAGUCUUUGACAGUAAGCAACAACAGUGCAUGUGUAAAAUCAGCUUACCGUUAAUGCAAACUUCACACCACAUUUCAAACUGACUCAUAUGAAUAAAGCUGAAUUUGUACCUA